AGUGUCAUUUCCUUUCCCUAUUCCCCAUGCAUCCCUAAUGCAACAAAACAAAAAAUAUACACGACCUUAUUUUAUUCUGACACCAUUGCCUUUGCUUGGGGUACUUACAAUUGUCCCUCUUCCUUAUGCUCUUCAAGUUCCAAUGGAGAUUUUCAAAUGCUUGUACUUCAAUCUUCUCGCCACCUUCAUGUUAUCAACAGUUUUAGCAAUCGACCCUUACUCAGAGGCACUCUUGAGCUUAAAAUCUGAAGUUGUAGAUGCUGAUAACAGUUUGCAUGACUGGGUGGUGCCCUCUGGAGGGAAGUUAACUGGGAAAUCCUAUGCAUGUUCUUGGUCAGGUAUCAACUGUGACAAUUACUCAACAAGUGUAACUUCCAUAGACUUGUCCAUGAAGAAACUGGCAGGUGUAUUGUCAGGGAAGCAAUUCAGCAUCUUCACAAACCUUACUAGUCUCAACCUGAGCCACAAUUUCUUCUCUGGGCACCUGCCAGCAGAGAUUUUCAACCUCACAAGCCUCAGAAGCUUGGAUAUCAGCAGAAACAAUUUUUCUGGACCCUUCCCAGGUGGAAUUCCCAGCCUCAAAAAUUUGGUUGUGCUUGAUGCCUUUAGCAACAGCUUUUCAGGGCCAUUACCUGCUGAAUUUUCACAGUUAGCAUAUCUUAAAGUUCUUAAUCUAGCUGGGAGCUACUUCAAAGGAUCAAUACCAUCUGAAUAUGGUUCUUUCAAAAGCCUUGAGUUUCUUCAUCUUGCAGGAAAUUCUCUAACAGGAAGUAUACCUCCAGAACUGGGAAACCUCAAAACAGUGACCCACAUGGAGAUAGGCUACAACUUAUACCAGGGUUCUAUUCCAUCCCAGAUAGGUAAUAUGAGUCAGCUUCAGUAUCUUGACAUAGCAGGAGCAAAUCUAUCAGGUCCAAUACCAAAGCAACUCUCCAACCUCACCAGUUUGCAAUCACUUUUUCUAUUCAGAAACCAGCUCACAGGAUCAGUACCAAGGGAUCUCAGCAAAAUCACACCUCUGGCAGAUUUUGAUCUCUCUGAUAACUUCCUUUCAGGGUCCAUUCCUGAAAGUUUUUCAGAGUUGAAGAACCUAAGACUGCUCAGUCUCAUGUACAAUGACAUGAGUGGCACUGUUCCCGAAGGCAUUGCACAGCUACCAUCCUUGGAAACUCUCCUCAUUUGGAGCAACCGCUUCUCUGGAUCACUUCCACAGAGCUUAGGCAGAAACUCCAAACUCAAGUGGGUUGAUGCUUCCACAAACAGUUUAGUUGGAAGCAUUCCACCAGACAUUUGUGUGAGUGGAGUACUAUUUAAGCUAAUUCUGUUUUCAAACAAAUUCACAGGUGGUCUUUCAUCAAUUUCCAACUGUUCUUCUCUUGUUCGUCUUCGCCUAGAAGAGAAUUCAUUCUCAGGAGACAUCCCUUUGAAAUUCAGCCAUCUUCCUGAUAUCUUAUAUGUUGAUCUAUCCAGGAACGACUUUGUUGGCGGGAUUCCCUCGGAUAUUUCUCAAGCUACUCAACUGGAGUAUUUCAAUGUCUCUUAUAAUCAGCAAUUAGGAGGCAUCAUACCUGCAAGAAUUUGGUCUUCGCCCCAACUUCAAAAUUUUUCAGCAUCUUCUUGUGGUAUUUUAGGAGAUCUUCCCCCAUUUGAGUCCUGCAAAUCCAUUUCAGUUAUUGAUCUAGAUAGGAACCACAUAACUGGAAUCAUCCCAAACAGUGUUUCCAAAUGUCAAUCUCUUGAGAAAAUCAAGUUAUCUAACAAUAAUCUGGCAGGUCAUAUACCUGAUGAACUUGCUAGUAUUCCAGUUCUUGGUGUACUGGACCUAUCAAACAACAGGAUCAAUGGCCGCAUACCUGCAAAGUUCGGUAGUUCUUCUAGUUUACAACUUCUCAAUGUGUCGUUCAACAAUAUCUCUGGUUCAAUACCUGCAGGAAAGUUAUUCAAAUUGAUGGGUAGCAGUGCAUUUGCUGGAAAUUCAGAGCUAUGUGGAGCACCACUGCAACCAUGUCCUGAUUCAGUUGGAAUAUUGGGUGGCAAAGGCACGUGGAAUAUUACACGUAUUGUGCUACUCUCUGUAGGGUUGCUAAUAGUCCUUCUUGGAUUGGCUUUUGGAGUAUUUUAUUUCAGAAAGGGACUUAAAAGUCAAUGGAAGAUGGUCUCAUUUGCUGGUCUCCCUCAAUUCACAGCAAAUGAUGUUUUGACAAGCCUCAAUUCCACAAAGCCUACAGAAGUUCCAUCGCCAUCACCUGUAGUUACAAAGGCUGUUCUUCCUACAGGAAUAACGGUUUUGGUCAAGAAGAUUGAAUGGGAAGCGAGAAGCAUUAAGGUUGUGUCAGAAUUUAUAAUAAGACUAGGGAAUGCAAGGCACAAGAAUUUAAUCAGAUUGUUGGGAUUUUGCCACAACCAGCAUCUAGUCUAUCUUUUGUACGAUUACUUGCCCAAUGGGAAUUUGGCUGAGAAAAUUGGAACCAAAUGGGAUUGGGCAGCAAAAUUCAGAACAGUAAUGGGAAUUGCAAGGGGACUUUGCUUCCUUCACCAUGACUGUUACCCAGCAAUACCACAUGGAGACUUGAGGUCCAGCAAUGUUGUAUUUGACGAAAAUUUGGAACCCCAUUUGGCAGAAUUUGGGUUCAAACAUUUGUUUAAGUUGAGCAAAGGCUCAUCACCAACCACAACUAAGUGGGAGACAGAAAACAAUGAAGCAACGAAGGAGGAACUAUGCAUGGAUAUCUACAAAUUUGGGGAGAUGAUUUUGGAAAUUUUAACUAGUGGAAGAUUGACAAAUGCAGCAACUGGCAUACAUAGCAAACCAUGGGAGGUUCUUUUAAGAGAAAUUUACAAUGAGAAUGAAACAAGUUCUGCCAGUUCAUUGCAAGAGAUUAAACUGGUUCUUGAGGUUGCUAUGCUUUGCACCAGAAGCAGGUCAUCCGAUCGGCCAUCCAUGGAAGAUGCUCUGAAGCUUUUGUCAGGGAUAAAGCAUCUAGAUGAUGGCAGAACUUCAAAAGAAGGGCCAUAAAAAUCUUCAUAUUUGUAUCACCGGGUUGAAAGCCAUUAGAAACAUAUAGUAUAAUUGCUUAGCUAACAAGUUUUCACGUGUGUAAUUAAAUGAGUUUGCAGCUUGUAUAAUAGAUAUUUCCAUUGUUUCGGUGUGCCAUAAUAUUCUGUCCGUCUCCCUCAAUCUACCUCAAAAUAUUUUGUAUCUGAGAUGGGAUUCAUUUGAAUUCAUGAUAUUCAUAGUGCACUUUCCUUCUAUCAGAUAAGUACAAUCUUUUGAUUCUUAUUUCUUACUAAUUACUAUUACUUAGAUAUCAUUAUUUCAAGACUUAAUUGCAAGGAGCCAGGUACCUUGAUGCUGUUAGCUUUCCUUUUGUUUCCAAAAUCUUUGGAGAAAAUUAUUAAUCUAGAGGUCAAUAACAUUGUAUGAUCAUUGU